AUAAAAAAGGAAGAAGCGAGGAGGACCGACACCAGAGAAGAAAGUGUUAUUCUUUUCCUUUCUGUGAUUAUUCUUUAGCCAUUUGUGGAAGUGCGGUUUCCAGCUUUAGUAUCCUCUUACCCUUCAUAAGUCCCCUAAGGUUCAGAGAACGACUGAGAUGGGAGCCCAAGAGUGAAGAGAUCACAGUUCAGAUCAGAAGAACGGUAGAGAGAGAGAGAGAGAGAGAGAGAUGGUGAGGGGAAAGACGGAGGUGAGGCGGAUAGAGAACGCGGCCAGCCGGCAGGUGACCUUCUCCAAGCGCCGCAACGGCCUCCUCAAGAAGGCAUACGAGCUGUCCGUCCUGUGUGACGCCGAGGUGGCCCUCAUCGUCUUCUCCAGCCGCGGCAAGCUCUGGGAGUUCUCCAGCUCCUCCAGCAUCGAAAAGACGAUGGAUCGCUACUUGAUGCACACAAAGGAUGUGAAUACCAAACACAGCGCAAUGGCCCAAGAGAUGAAGGAUCUGAUGUCUGAGGCCACUAAUAUGACAAAGAAGAUUGAACUUAUUGAAGCCCAUAAAAGGAAGCUCCUUGGUGAAACUUUGGAAACUUGUUCAGCAGCAGAACUGCAUGAACUAGGGAAUCAGCUGGAGGAGAGCCUGAGACAAAUUAGGAAGAGAAAACAAUGCCUCCUAGCCGAGCAAAUCGCAGAGCUCAGAGAGAAGGAUCUCUGUUGUUUUAUGUAUGAAACCCAGGAGAAGAGCCUUUCAAAGGAGAAUAAAUUAUUACAUGAAAAGUUCAAGGGAGGAAAUAUGCUACGAUUAAAUGCAGCAGAGGUUCAAAGCAUGGAGGUAAACACACAGCUGAUGAUUGGGAGGCCAGCAACUCUCUGAAGUGACAAUACCUCAGAAUGCUCAUUAACCUUCGAUUUUAAGUAACCUACAUCUGUUAAUGCUGCUUCUAAGCACUGAGGUCUGUGGAUACACAAAUGUGUCUACGGCCAAAGAACCAUAAGGAAGUAAAGCUGAACUUAGAACACCUUAUGGUAGGUGAUGAAAUAAGUAAAUAUCAUGCUAAGAUUCAUGUAUCAGUCAGACUUGUUGAGCAAUGCUGAUUGCCUGCAAUAAAUUAGUAUGAUCCUUAGA